AUGGAUUCCAAAGUCGACGAUAUAGCGACCCAAGGGGUAAUCUACGACAAGGAGCCUUCUCCCAUACCGGAAAACAUGGCAGAACUUGCCCCUCGUCACCGAGAAUAUCUUCUAGAACGACAUGGCACGCUUGAACUUGAUCCCGUGCCUGCAAUGGACGAUGCCGACCCAUACAACUGGCCCUCGUGGAAGAAAGUCAUCAAUCUUGUAUUGGUCGCAUUCCACGCAAUGUUCGGCACGUUUACCGCCGCUGCCAUUAUCCCCGCGUAUUUCGACAUUUCGCUCGACCUGGGAGUCAGUAUCAACACCACAUCAUAUCUGACCUCAUUACAAAUCGCUAUUCUCGGAGGGGCCCCGCUGUUCUGGAAGCCCUUGUCCAACCGGUUCGGUCGUCGUCCGAUCUUUCUCAUCUCCUUGAUUGGAAGUUUAGUCUGCAAUAUCGGAUGCGCCAAGAGUCCGGAUUAUGCGUCGAUGGCUGCUUGCCGUGCACUUGUGGCCUUUUUCAUUAGCCCGGCUGGUGCUCUGGGAAGCGCCGUGGUCAUGGAAUGUUUCUUCAAGCGCGAUCGCGCCAAGUACAUGGGUGUCUGGACACUACUUGUCACCCUUGGCGUUCCAGUAUCUCCUUUUAUUUUCGGGUUCGUCGCUCAGCGCGUGAGCUACCGAUGGAUCUACUGGAUUCUUGCUAUCAUCAACGGAGUACAAUUCUUCUUGUGCCUUUUCUUCCAGCCAGAAACCCGAUACAUUGGUGGCUGGGAUGGCCCUGUGUCCUCUGGAUUCCGACAGAAAUAUUGGAGUUUCCGUCGCAUUGACCCUACUCCUUUUACUCUGUACGAGUUCGUCAAACCAUUGACCAUGGUAACUCGUCCGACAGUGAUGAUUCCCGCCGCUGCUUAUGCUAUGGUGUUCCUUUUCGUCAGCGUCAUGUGCACGGUCGAAAUCCCCCAAUUAUUGCAGCUCAAGUUCGGCCUGGAUGCACAGUCAUUGGGCCUACAAUUUUUGAGUUUAAUUAUCGGUUCCGUCCUCGGCGAACAAUUGGGCGGACCCCUCUCCGAUUCAUGGAUGAGAUGGAAAGCUCGUCGUCAGGGUGGACAACAUGCCGCUGCAGAGCACCGUCUCUGGUUGAGUUAUAUUGGCUUUCUGCUCGCCAUUGCUGGUAUCGUAGUAUUCCUCGUUCAAACCCAAAAUUCUCCCGCUGGCCACUGGAAUGUGACUCCCAUAAUAGGUGUCGCCAUCGCUGCCUUUGGUAACCAGGUUGUCACGACAGUUCUUAUAACUUAUGCCGUUGACACGAACCAUACUGAGGCUGCCUCGGUGGGUGUUUUCAUCACUUUUGUUCGUCAAAUUUGGGGCUUCAUUGGACCCUUCUGGCUCCCGGAUAUGUUCGAGAAGGUUGGCGUAGCCAAGAGCGCUGGCGUGGCCGCUGCCCUCUUGGUUGGAGUCAGUUUGAUUCCAACCAUGUUGCUUCAAUGGCGCGGGCAAGCCUGGCGACGAACCGAAAAGGUUGUCGUUGGGUCUGUUUGA